CUCACUCCAUUUUCUCUCUAAAGACAAUCUCUAGAACAUCCUUGAGCAUCAAACCUGUCCUCGUUCUCUAGAUGGCCAGAAUCUACGCUACCAUGUCAUGCGUAUAACACACCGGGCAUCAACUUCUUCCUUAGCUGCGCCCACUUCACAAUCUGGAUAAACACCUAUCUGCGCCGCAUUUGUCUCAUAUCAAUCGACCACCAAAUGCUUUCUCUUCCUCACGAUGGCAAACAUGUUAUGUGCCUCGGCCUUGGCCAUCCUGGUUGUCGGCUUCUAUCGUAAUCACGAGGCGCAUGAUACUGCCAUAGUCGCAUCGUGUACGGGUUAUAGUCCCAGUACCACGACUGGAUCCAUGUCUUGCUCUUUUGAGCGCAUUCUUUCUCGGCUACUCCGUUGAACAAAUCCUCGAGAUCACGUUCAGGGGGGUCGUUGAUGUUAAAGUCGGCAUUCUGGGUACCAAGACUAAAAUGAGCGUCCUCUGACGCUUCUCUUUUGUCCAAGUCUCGACCUCCCAGCGACCGCCAUAUUUCUACUUCGAUUUGGAUACACUCUCUUUUGUCCUGUCGCUGUACUCCCACCCGGACUCGCAAGUCAGUGGCGCAAUGUCCGCAACUCAACAAGUGAUGGCAGUAUGAGUCUGAACGCGCCUGAUAUGCAUCCAAAAGUACUGCUGGUAGCGUUUGCGGAGUGUGUGCGCAGCCGAUAUACCUGAACCGAUCGAUUGAAGGUAAAAGGCCCUUGGGGAUGACUCCUUUGGGACUUUCGGUGAGCACGCGCGUCUCAUGCAACUCAGUUGACAAAAUAACAGACGUCUUGUGGACACUAUGAAGUAAAAGCUUCCCCUUGACAACCCGCGCAUCAAGACUUCUACUCAUAAAGAUGCCCCUUUUCUCGUCGUAAGGGAAUGUAGCAUCACCGAGGAUGCACUUGUGACUUAGUUCAUCGAGCUGUGGACCAUAUCGCGGACCUUUCACGAACCCCCUCACGAACUCAUCCACCAUAUUUCGAUUGAUGAACAACAAAUGACUGGAACACCGAGAUACUGUACUCCUGGCUGACGUAUGACUAAGAUAACUGAGACAGAAGCUUGCUAUCCGAGGGUGCCGGCGGUAUAGGGUGUUGCAAAUACUGCAUAGCAUCUGCUCGGGUAAGUCAUCCUCGAGGAGUUGAAGAAACCGUCUUUUUUCCGUCCGGUUGUUGCGCCAUUUUGGAUCGAACUGGUCAGAGAGAACUUGAUGGUACCAUUUUGAGGUCAGGCUCAAGCAUGCGAUAGAGCUUGUCGGCAAGAAGGAGGCAAUGUGCAGGAGAAUCUCCACCGGCAAUUUGUCCAGGGUUGAGAUCUGUUGGUCGUGGAAUAGGAAGGGUGAGUCUUUCCAUCGCAAUAGCAUUUGGAUUUUAGGGAAGCAAAUUCUGCGCAUGGUGCUGACCAUAUGGCCAAAGGCCCUCAGUAAUGUUGCCAUCACGGUGGGAAUUAGUCAUAAGCAGAUGAGCACAAGGCAGGCCAAGUGUGUCUUUUAUAUCUGUCCCAUCGCUAAUGCUAAUGGGAGCUGCGGAAUCAUGCCUUGGUACCAACAGGUCCUCACGAUAGCUACGGAGCAGAUACUUCAGGCGUCAGUUGUGUCUCAAAGACUAAGCUCCUUAUCCAAAUAUUUAAUAUGAGCAUAUUUACAC